AUGUCAACAAGAAGCACCGAAAGCGGUAGCGAUUCAGGUUCCAGUCGUAGCCACGAUUCCGAUGACGACGACAAUGUCGAAAGCGAAAGCUACGAUUCCGACCACCACGGUCGACUAAGCGAUAACGACUCGACCCCGGUUGAUGGACCCAGCGGCCACUUGUCCGACGAACCCUCUCCGAAAUGGCGUGACGGAAAGAUAAAGAUAACCACCGUUGAUCGAAUCUCGGAUUUGACUGACCAUUUACUCGUUCACAUUCUCUCCUUCUUACCGAUUGGAAAUGCCAUCAAAACCCAGGUACCGUCGAAACGAUGGCAAUUCCUAUGGACUUGCCUACCAUCUCUCCACUUCCGUUCCUGUUGUCGAGACUUAGCUGACUUUGCUGCCUUUGUUACCUUUGUCGAGAAAACCCUAAUUCUCUGCAACUGUUCUAAGCUCAAGAAAUUCCGGGUUGAUUGCGAUAGUAAUUACGUGCCAGAUUUCGAACCCAAUGUUAGUUUAUGGACUCGCUUUGCGGUAGGGAAGGGGACGGAGGAGCUUCACCUUCAUUUCGACGAUACAGAUAAUGACAUGUCUGCCGAAUGUCGUUAUAGGUUGCCACAGCUUUUGUUUACAAAUGCGUCGUUCAAAGUGUUGCACUUCUGUUUGUGCAGUACUGCAGUGUGGUGCCCAAAGGAGCUGUUGCCUGGAAUUCGCUAA